GAUUAUUUUCCGUGUCACAACGUCACAUGAUACACAUCACCGUCAAUGCAACCCCACUCACCAAACAAUCUCGGACCAUCCCCUGAAGUAACUUCUCUUCCCGGUCCCGGAGCAUCUCGCAACACCAUGGCAUCACUACGCCGUUUCAGCCUCGUCUUCUACGUCCCACCCGCCAGCGCCUCCGCAUGCAAAGCCGCUAUUUUCAAAGCCGGCGCGGGCCGCUAUCCCGGUCCUGGCGGGUAUACUGAGUGCGCGUGGCAGACAUUGGGGAUUGGACAGUUUAGGCCGGGAGAUGCGGCGAAUCCGGCUAUUGGCAGGGUUGGGGAGUUGGAGGAGACGCCGGAGGUUAGGGUUGAGACGUUGGUUGUUGGGGAGGAGACGGUGCGGAAGGCUGUUGCGGCGUUGAAAGAGGCGCAUCCAUAUGAAGAAUGUCCGUAUCAGGUUUAUCGCGUGGAGGACUUUUAAUGAAGACAUCUAUGUUCAGUGGAACUCGAGGCGGUAAAGUGAAUCAAUCAAUGGUGUUUUCGGAUUCAACGAGAUUCGGUCAUUCACGACUCACGGAAGAAAUAAGUCAGGUCUUUCAUUGGGAGCAUUCAUAUUUAUUGCCUUAGCGACUGUAACUCAAAUUGUAUCAAACUGAAGAAUCUGAAAUUAGGAUAUUAUCAAAAGCCAAGUCUUCCAAUCGCCAUUUUACG